UUGCCCUCAUUUAUCCCAUCCUAGAAAGAGAGAGUAAGAAUACAAAGAGAGUUAUACACCAAGAUAAAUAUUUUAGUCUUGAGUGUCCUCUUUAGUAAUUGUUCAUUUUACAAGAGAGAAGUGUUAAUUGUUGUUUUCUCCUUGUAUUUGAGAGUUGUGUACUCCAUACAAAAAUAGUGAAAUCCUUCUACCCCGUGGUUUUUUCCCUUCUAUCAUUUAGAGAGGUUUCCACGUAAAAUUCCCGUGUCCAAUUUAUUUUCAUUAUUUUCAUCAUAUCAAACUUUAGUUGUGGUGGCUCCUCCCCCAAACAUAUGGUUGGUGAUGGAGCAUAUGAUUGCAGAGAGUCUAGGUGUGGAAGUUAUGGUCCUAGCAUUCGUUUUCCCUUCAGGCUUCACCACCAGCCAGAAUAUUGUGGUUAUCCAGGCUUCGAGUUAUCUUGUGACCGCGAAAACCAAACCAUACUUGCACUUCCCAAUUCACUUGUACUAAUUGUUCGAGAAAUUGAUUAUAUGUCUCAGCAGAUUAGUCUUUCUGAUCCUGAACAUUGUCUCAUUCUCAAGCUAUUGCACCUUAAUUUAUCAGCAUCUCCUUUCUCCUUCACUGUUGAUAAACCUUAUCUUUCACUAGGUGACUUUUCAGUUUUCAAAUGUUCUGGUAUGCCAGCAUAUAAUCGGAACCUAUAUCCACAUUGUGCCUCUGACAAAGCAAUAUUUGCUGUUCACUACUCUUUAGAUUCACUCCCCCCUACAACUUGCAAAAAGAUUCAUGAAUUUCUGUCAAUUCCCUACGAAACAAUUUAUAGUUACAUAAGACUCAGUUGGUUUAAUCCAAUCUGUAGAUACUGUGAAGGUCUUGAGAUGGAUUGCGGCUUCAAGAACUAUACUAAACAACUGACUACUCAGUGUUUCAACCGACCGUUCACAACAAAAGGCACAGUAAAGAAACCACUGAUUGCAGGUGGAGUUGUAGGUCUCAUUCUUUUGGGAAUUAUUAUGAUGGCACUUUAUGAGUGUUAUAGCUCAAGCAAAAUUGAAAGAGAGAAUCAAGCCAGAGUUGAAAAGUUUUUGGAAGACUAUAGAGCUCGCAGACCGACUAGAUAUACUUAUGCAGAUAUUAAAAAGAUAACAAAUCUGUUUCAGGAAAUAUUGGGAGAGGGAGCUUACGGGAUCGUUUAUAAAGGAACACUUUCUAAUGAAAUUCAUGUUGCCGUAAAAGUUCUCAAUGAUUCCAAAGGAAAUGGGGAAGAAUUUAUUAAUGAAGUUGCAGCAAUGGGAAAAAUCCAUCAUGUCAACGUGGUUCGCCUAGUUGGCUUUUGUGCUGAUGGAGUUAGAAGAACUCUAGAGUUUGAAUACUUGCCAAAUCAGUCACUUGACAAGCUCAUUUUUCCGACAAGUUUCAAAGAUAAUAUUACCCUUAAUUGGAAGAAGCUUCAUGAUAUUGCUAUGGGAAUAGCAAAAGGGCUGGAGUAUCUUCAUCAAGGAUGUGACCAACAAAUCCUUCAUUUUGAUAUCAAGCCUCAAAAUAUUCUCUUAGACCAUAACUUGAACCCCAAGAUCUCUGAUUUUGGUCUUGCCAAGUUAUGCUCUAAAGAGAAAAGUGUUGUCACUAUGACUGAAGCUAGAGGAACCAUGGGUUAUAUUGCACCAGAAGUGUUAUCAAGCAAUUUUGGAAAAGCAUCUCAUAAAUCUGAUGUAUACAGCUUUGGAAUGCUGCUCCUUGAAAUGGUUGGAGGGAGGAAGAAUUUUGAUACAAAGGUGGAUACUAGCCAAAUGAACUUUCCUGAGUGGAUUCAUCAGCGGCUGAAUCAAGGAGAAGAGUUGAAAAUCAGGAUUGAGGAAGAUGAUGAUAUCAUAAUUGUAAAGAAAUUGGCUAUUAUAGGACUUUGGUGCAUCCAAUGGAAUGCGACAGAUCGACCUUCUAUCAAAGUUGUUACUCAAAUGCUAGAAGGAGAUGGGAGAAAUCUUACUGUUCCUCCUCCUUUUACAACAAGAAACACCACCCACGUAUGCCCUUCUACACAAGAAUUGACGGUAAUAUCAGAACUAGAAUGAAUGGAAGCCUUACUUACAGAUCAACUCCUGCAUCUAAAGUUGUAACGUUAGUAAUUUCAUUAGAUAAGUGUUAAGUAAUUAUGUUUAGUUCCUACUUUUGCAACUCUUUUCCGUGUCCAAGUCUGUCAUGAUUUUAGUGCAUCGGGCUGCCUUUAGCCAUGAGUUUAGAUGCAGGAGUGCAUCGGGCUGCCUUUAGCCAUUAGUCGACUCCACCAAUUUAGCCAUGAGUAUCAUAACAGAGAAUAUUUGUUCCUUUUCGAUGUUUAUGCUCAAAUUCACACUUUUCAGUUCAUUACUCAGUAAAGUGGCAAGGAAAGUACACCCUUUGAUAGGCAUAAAUGUUCUCUAAGUGUCUCAAAAGCAUCCCAAUGGCUCAAAGAAAAAGCAUUAUCAGCUGAUAUUAAAACUCCUUUUUAAUACUUGGGGCUACCAGUUGUAGAAAUAUCAAAGUUUCACUUGGAAUUGACCUCGAGUGUCAGGUGUUGUAGCAAUCACUUCCUUAAUGUUAAGCAUAGACCAACAAAAGUUGUCUAGUUGCUUACGCAGAAG